AAAAGGGUCAUACAUAUGAAAAUCGGACGGGAAAAUGUCUACAAGUUUUACAAGGAAACGAGAAGCUGUAUUCACAGCUCAUGUGCUCACUCGACUCUUCCCAUCAGCGGAGAGUGAGCAAGGGGAACCACUCCUACAACAGCUGCCUUCAAAACACUCCAACUCUUUCACGAAGAGUCUUCAAAGCAAAAGGCCAAGUGGUCCUGCUAAGGUCUACACGGCUGAGCUCCCCCCUGAUGGACUACCACCACCAGAGACACUGGAUAGCUCCUCGGUUCCUACUGUUAGACCUAGUGCCUCAUCAGAGUCACUAGACUCCUCAUCAGAAACUGAAGAUGAGGAAGCACUACCAAGAAAACGGCGACGGAAAAGGAAACGCAAAAGGAAAGCGUUACAAAUCAAUGAUGAUGUUGAGACAAUUACCAGCAGUUCUAGAAAUAUAGACGAUUCAAGUCCUCCCAAUGGAACAAGCGGAGAAUCACAAACACAGAAACUCAGAGACUCUGAGAUUCACUCCUCACCUCAGGAGGCUGUGACUCAGACGCUCACCAAGAAUCAGAGGAAGAAACGCAGAAAGAGGAGAGCCAAAAAGGGGAAACCCCUUCCUCAGCAGCUGCACCGUGCGACAGAAUUUAUUUGUGAUGAUGGCGGUGAGGAGGAGGGUGAUUCUAAUGGGGAUGAGGAGUUGGAUGGGGUUGCUUGUGAAGUGAAGGAGUUCUCGGAGUCCGUCUGGAGGGUGUACUGCUGUGAUGCGACUAAGAGAAGGGAUGUACCCCGUCAGACUGAGCCAUUCCAUGCUAUGAUUGGACAACUCAGCACCAAUCAGCUGCCAGGAGAGACUCUCACCCAACUGAACGAUAUCAAGAAACUUCUGGUCCUACAGGAUUUUACAAGAGCAGAACUGAAACUGACUGAGCUGGAAGACAAAUCUAUGAGUACUGCAAAGUCAGAAAAUGUUUCAAUGUUUUCGACAUUAGCAGAGUACUGGAUGAAUGACAUACAUACAGCCACUCUCCGAUGAAUAUAUCUUAAGGAAUGUGAGUCUGUUGAGUUGUUCUUGCUGCAUCGUGACUCGACCAAAGAUCCCUCCACUAUCACCAACUCGGGUUAAUCCAAGAUCUGAUUGGAGCGUCCUCAUGUAAGCAGAGUAAAUAUGCAUUCCAAGUUAGCCUCUUAACCCUGUCAGCAACAUUAGCCGACACCAUCAAUUUGUGCCACAAACCAUGAAAAAGUUAAUUUUGGUUAAUUGUUUGUUUCCGCAAAACAACUUACUAUAUCGUAUUUCCACCAUGCAAAGUUUCAUAUCCUACAUAUUAUGUAAAAGUUUCAAAUAAGGGAAUAAAAGAGUGGGCAACAAUAUCUUACUCGUUAAAGGGGCAUUCAUACCUCAGUUUUGCUAUUCCUAUUGGUGGAGAGCGCGUCACGUGGGGGUGUUUAAACGGUUGAUAAUAACCAGCUGGAGCUGUUUAUAACCGGUUGUUUUCGGAUACUACAUGCUAGUCUUGAUGCAUGACGUUUCUCGUUACGGGCGAUGCGGGCUCUGUUGGUGAGAUGGCCGCGCUGUGUGUGAAAGGAAAACAAAAAACGUCUUGCACCAAGACUACACACGCACAAUUGCAUAUAAUCCGGCGAUAAAGGCCCUCGCCUUUAUCACACGACAACGGCCCUGCCGGUUUUAAACAACCGUUUAAGAACUCGUCGCUAUCCUUUUAUUCCCUGAUUAAAAACCAACAGGGUCAGGGCCGUAUGACUGAGUCAUACCACUGUUAUAUUUCCAUUCAUAAAUACCUUUCCUUCAAAAAUUUCAAUAAACCUUUGCAAGUUGAGACUAGAUCUGACAGUUCAGCCCCUCAACUUGCCUUGACUUUGCUUGGAGUUCUGUCCAUUUUCAGCACAAAUUAGCUCCUUGCACAAAUUAAAACCUUGUGUGCUUAACUAGUGGAUGCAAGUUUUGAACUUGUGUGCAUGAGCCAAUUAUGCGACCUGCCAACUUAAUUUGGGCCGUGAAAUUUAAUUGACUCAAAAUUCACGCCAUGUUUAACAAUGGCCACAUGAUCUCCUCUCAACCAAUCAGAAUGGAUGACCCAUCCAAGCUAUUUUUUAGUGAACAAAUAAUUAAUCAACAUCAAAUCAAAAAAUUAAACGAGACUUCCCUGAAGUUUGAUUGAUAUUUAUGAAGUCAUCAGAAACACAAAAGGGAUCACAUAAGAUUGCACCCAACCUUUGUACCUUCAGAUUCAAAAGGGUUUUGGUACAUUUUGUAGGACACAAAACACAACGUCCACAGAUUUACACUAAACUUACACAGUUUGAAGAUAAUGAUGGUAGAAGCUUCCCUAAAAAUAGUAAUUGCUGAGGUGCUGUAUUUUUUUGAGAAAUGUGUAAAACAAGUCAGCCCAGAAAUCAUGGCAAGUCUGUUGCCACAAAAUGUGUUUUUUUUUCGCGAGUCUUUCCAGAACCAACACUACUCAAAAAGAGAUAUAUUUAUAGGGUGUAGCUACAAACCUCUCUUAGAUGAUUAAAUUUAUUCUUUAAGAACACAACAAUGAUAUCUUUGUUGCUGCAAAAUGGACAUGUUGAUAAAACUUAAUGACAAAUAUGUUUUUAAUAAUAUUAUAUUUUUGUGCUGACAUUGUAAAUAAUUUAUAUGUAUUUUUAACUUAUAGAUGUACAGGUCGAAAUGAA